AUGUCAUCCGGUCAGGAACCCGUUUUCUCCGAGUAUGAGACCGACACCAGCCAGACAUCAAAGCUGUUAAGGAAAUUUAAAGAGACGCCGUUUGUCCCCAUCGGGAUGGCUGGCUUCGCCGUGGUGGUGGGCUACGGGCUGUACAGGCUGAAGCACAGAGGGGACAUGAAAAUGUCGCUUCACCUGAUCCACAUGCGCGUGGCAGCCCAGGGGUUCGUCGUGGGAGCGAUAACGUGCGGGGUGCUGUACUCAAUGUUUCGGGAGUACGUGGUGAAGCCCAAGGAGUAA